GGCAUCGAGCCAGAUCGAAAGCCCAGAAUCGACGUUGACCGUUGACAUCGAUACGUAUCAACAAAACCCACAAGCCCAGUGUCCAGCGUUUUCGGUUUUAACACAUCCUCAAAAACUGUCACUUAUUGGACACGUACGGGGUUUUCUGCAGGAUCGACCCUCGUCUCACCCGUGGCUAUGGGAAGAGUCGAAUAAGCCAGAUCACCCAAGGACGAAGCAUGAGCGAAUGCGACCAGUUCACCGAAGAUUCCCAGUCGGAAAACGGAUCGAAGUGCGACGUAAAUGAAGCACACGACAAGACAUUCUACGAUUCUUUUCCAUUCAAGAGCCACAAAUUCAACAGAUUUUUGGUGAUAUCCAUCCUCCAGGAGUAUAUUGAGAGCGGUGCUUCCGUGAAAACACCUGUGCGAUGUGUGGACGUCGUGAGCGAUUGCGGGGGCAAUGGCCUGUUCUGGAAGUUGACGUUUGGUUCAAGCAUCGAUGUUGUCGUCAAUAACUGUGAAGCGCAGAUUGCUGAGCUGAUCGAGCGGAAUGCUUCACUCAACAACCUCAAAGUCUGCGUAGCAAACAAAGACCCCUGCGUCCUCUUGCACGAGCGUGGAUAUAAUUUUGUAUAUUUGGAUUGUAAAACAGAAGCUGCUCAGUGCUUUGAUGCAGCUGUUAGGAAUAUUUCAAGGCAGGGGAUUUUUGUAGUGACGACCAAUGAUGACAGUUCACUCCACGGUGGAGACAACAAUGUUGCUUUUAGGCGUUACGGAGGCCGCAUUACAAGGACGACUUAUGCGGCUGAGCUUGGGAUACGCCUGUUCAUCGCCGCGCUCGCUAGGUCUGCAGCGAGACAUGACAGAGCGAUACGAGUCCUACUAUGUGCUGUGUACAAGAGCACCUUCACAGUCGCCAUUAUGUGUUUGAAUGGAGCGUCAUUGGCGAACAGAGUUAUCAAGGAAGAAAUACGCUCCCUCAAACACUGCAUGGUCUGUGAAGAGCGUGUAUUCUACCCUCCCGAAACUGAAUUUCCCGUAGAUCACAAUUCAGUCAAACUCCCAUGUGAGUGUUCGAAAAACGCACCGGGAGAGACGUGUCAGGUGUUGGGCCCUUUGUGGUCAGGCGAUCUCUUCGACAGAGACUUUAUCGACCGGAUGUUAUUCCGUGGCCUCGUCGGUGACCAGUUUUUGGAGAAAGAGCUCAAAACCAUACUCGAAGAGUCAAAAUGCCCGUCGAAAGAGGAUGACAACGUUGGCGGCAAGAGGAUGAAGAUGGAUCAUGUUUCCUCGCCACCUUUUUACUACAAUGUCCACAAGCACCACCCGAGGUCUGAACAGCAAGUGACGAUGAAUAAGAUUAUAAACGAGCUGAGGAACGCAGGUUUUAGGGCGAGCAGGACCCACUUCGACAAAGUCUCGAUUCGCACAAACGCAAACAUGCGCGAAAUGGCUUAUAUUAUCAAGAAAAUUGGUGAAAAGUGAGGAUUUAGAUUUGUUUCUGUUUAGCAAGAAAAAAAAUUCAACCUUACAUUGUACCUUUUUGUAAAUAUUUAAAAGUAAGAACUAUUUAUUUCCUAAUUCCAUGUGUAUUUAAUGUUGUAUAUAAUAAAACAUUAUAAUUAAUUACACUUAAGUUUUUCAUUUAUUUAUUUUUUUAUGGGGGUCAUAACAGCAAUGAUUGUAUCAACCCAUGGGAGGUUUUCUGGGG